UUCCUCGUAUCCCUCGAUAUUCCUAUAAAUCCCCCAAAUUCCCUCGUAAUCGUUUUUUAAUUUAUCUUUUAAUUGCACUGACUCUACUUUAAUGUUUAGAAAUAACACCCUUCUUAGGCUUAAUGUCCAAUCUUCAUCUACGUAUCUUCAUUUUUCUUCGAAAGCUCCUACGAUGGCUUCUGUCAUCUUCUUCGUGCAGUUCGUGGCUAUUGUGUUGUUGGUUGUCAGCAUUGUUCAUUGUGAUUUGGUUGGGCAUGGCAAGCAUAAGCUGGAAGACAGAGAGAUUGUAAAGCUGCGGGGAAACACAAAGAUAGCCAAGAAACCUGAGGAUCUUGAACUUUACAAAAAUAAAGAGGGCUCGUGUGAUGUUGAAAUGGACAAGGACGGAAAUAUAACAAUCUGGUACCUUAAAAAUUCCAUCACAGCAAAGGAAGGAUGCUCGAUUGAUUUUGCCAUUGCAGAACUCAGAGUCGAUGAAAGUGAAUUCUUCAUGGAGUUUGGCAUCCAGCACGAUAAAGAACUGGCCGAUUGCUUGGCAGAUAUAUCAUCUACUAACUUUAGAUCCUUCAAUCCUUCGGCUAUGACUUCUAAUUCGCUGGCCAUCGCUUUUGGUCUGAAGAAUGGUGAAUUCGAUACAGUCAAAGGAGGAUAUGCGGAAAAACACAAAAAUUAUUGUGGGGAUUUGUCCAAAUGUUAUAAUGAAGGAGGCAGAUGCUUGGAUGUCGCUGAUUAUACUAUUGGAUGGGCUCGAGAUGGAGAUAAGAUCAAAAGUACAUAUCAUCCAAGUGAGGAAUUUUAA